GUUUAUGCGAAAAGUUUAAUGGUUGAGAAAUGAAUGCCGAUGUCAUUAAGAUAAAUUCACAUCACAUCAAAUGUUUAGUUGAAUCAUUCAUUUGUAAUUGUGUAUAAUCAGAAUGAACAAGCCCUUUCACUUAUUGGUGUAGAUAUGUGUUGUUUAUUACAUUCGAGUUUAAUACUCUACGAUUUCCUUCACUAUAUGGUAGAGUAUAUGUGCUGUUCAGACUUGACCGUGUCAGGUCAGGCUAUUAAUUUCAUAAGUUUCGCAAUGGUUAGUUAUGUAGGCCGUACUACUAUUAGAUUUGUUUGGUGUAGAUGACUUCAGUGCUCUGAUGCGUUUCUGCUUUUAUAUCACAGUUUGUUCAUUUAAAAAAGAUUUGGCGAACUAUACAAAUAGUUUAAAAAAUCUGGAAGUGCACAUUGUGAAUUAAAGGCUGAGACGGUCCGUCAACCGGAAGAUUAUACAGUAUCUUAGAUCUCUGUUAUGAACAUCGUUUAAAACUAUUUUAUUAGUAUGAAUUGAAGUUAAUCAGUGUGUAUUUUCCCGUAAAAUAGUAUAAUAUCAAUAAGUUCACUUCGUAUAAAAUGAUUACGAAUUCCUAUUUAUAUGACUGUUACCGAACAUGUGACAUUAGUAUUUUGUUUGCAAUACAAGUUAGUCACAGGGCUAUAAGACAACGGAAACAUGAACUCGAAAAAAAUAGGAAGGUUAUGAAUCCUUCCGGUUAGUUGCUGUUUUAUACAAAAAUUUGAGACUAAAUUCAUGUAGUCAUCAUGAUAUCGUGCUACAGUCAUUUCUGUUUAGUCCCAUAUAAAAUUAACUAAUCAGCACUGGAAAUUUCAAUACUCCAACUAUAUAUAUAUAUAAGAUUUCUCUAUUGUCCCAUGAGUUUAUUAAUGAUAGAAAUAAUAAGCCUAAGCAUGUAGAAAAUUACGAUAUAGUGGGAAACCGAAUAACAAAUUUGUAACUAAUUGAAUUUUGUGUUAAGUGUUAAUGUAGGGAUAAGCCACUUAAGAUCGAGAGCGCUGUUACAAGGCUUUUGGGCAAAACUUAAAAAUGGAUGACUUUUACUGGUAAGAACAUGGGCUUGAAAUAACCAAACAACUUUCAACUGGUCCUUAACCAAUCAGGAAAUAGCUUAUGCAAUUGAAUGGUUUGGGGAAAAGAAAAGAACAAUAUUGCAAAACAUAAGCAAAUUAUACAUAAACACUGAAUUUAAUAAAGUUAUCCAAAGGUUCUGUCUGUAAAUUGAGAAGAUAAAGUCACAAAUUCGUCAGUAUGCGUGUAGGAUAUCCGUCUUCUAUAAACCUCACAAGGACGCAAAAAGUUCUUUAAGAGUCCUCAUAUUAUCUAUGGUUAGAGUUAUAUAUUCAGAACCGGAGACUUAAGGUUCAGUGCGGAAAAUGUAGUUGAAUUUAGGAACUGGACUUAUAUGAAAUAUAAGAUAAAAGUCAUUUUCGGAUUUUGCGCAAAUCUUAACAGUUUUCCCGAUUUUGAUUGACUCUUCCGUAUGUUAUACUUUUACCAUAUACUCUUGCCAAUAUUAAUUUACGAAAGACAAAUUGUAUAUCAAAAAUUAACGUCCUAAAUAAAAGCUUACAAUUAAGAGUACACAAAGAAUACCUUAAAGCAGUUAAUAAGCACACACCAAAAAUUCAGAUGCUGAAGCAUCAGAGAAUAGCUUGCCAAGUUCCUCAAUUUCGCCUGUUCUUGUACUAGUAGAUUCGUUUGCUCACAAAGGCAGUCAAAGUCAUCUGACCAUAAGCUUCAAUUCAAAUUAGUUUUGGGUUAAUUAAAAAUGUUAACUGAGUAGAAUGUGUUAUAUCUUCUGUUAUGUGGCAGCACUUAGCCAUUUGUUUGAAAAUAAUAGGUAACUAUGCGAAUCAUCGAAACUAACUACUCUUAUCACAUGUCUUGUCUUCCAGACAGAAUUUUCGCGAUUCAUACCUUAAAAAUGAAAAAAGGAUAAUGUUCGUUCAGUCUUCAAUGUGCGCUUGUAAAACGAAAUCUGAAACGGUUAAUUAAUUCAUUCAAAAUUAUCUUAACCCUCCUCCCCCCCUCUAUAAAAGCCAAAAUUAUCCUGUCAUGUAAAUAACAAUCUAGUGAGUACUAGUCAACUUCGGUGAAAAAAGGAAUAAUGGAUGAUUGACAGAGUCAUGUGUUGGAGUAGUAUUUUUCCUAUGGUGUUAGUUUUCUUACUUAAAACCUAUUAAAAGUAGAUAAUAAGUCCCGAUUACUGAUUUUGAUCUGGUAAAUGUAAAACUGACUAUAUUAUAUUGAGUAACCUUUUUUUCUCAAUUAGAUUCAUAUGUAUCUGAACAUAUUUAGUCUAGAUUGUUCAAAUUAACCUUGUUGACUAAAAUGAAUACUCUUCAGUUAUCCACGUAUGAAUAAAUAAAAAGAUGUCGUAUAUUUAUGAGAACCAUCUUUAUAGUAUAUACUUUUAUUCAAUUAGUUCUCAUUUAAUCAUGUUAUCUACUUAGUUCACCCAAUUUCGGUACAUAAGAAAAAGUUCUCUUUGCAAAAAACGGGGUACCCCAGCCGUUGUAUAUGUAGAAAAACUCUUCUUAUUGUGGACCAUCUUCAUAAAUGCUUCAUCUUGUUUUCAUAUUCUUGAGCAGAGUUCAAUUACUGAUCUAUUUCAAUAAGAACCUCACUUUAUCGAUUUGGACCACAUGUGAUCUGUUUCGUUUUAACCAGCCAAGUAUUAUAAUUUGUCUUAUACAUAAAAAAAACAAGUGGCUGAAAACUGAGUACAUAGACUUAAAUGCAUUUGAUUAUUACAUGAGAUUUAUGGUGUAAAUAUAUAUUAUCGACAUCAUUACCAAGGUUUGAAAUAAUAAUGUCAAAUAGAUUGAGUAUUGGGUUGAUUGUUACUUACUUACUUACUUACGCCUGUUACUCCCAAUGGAGCAUAUACCGCCAACCAGCAUUCUCCAACCCACUAAUAACCUACUAAUAUAUUUGUAAUAUCCCAUUGAGUAGAAAAAUUAGAUUUCCUGACGUUUCUUUACUCAUUCUUAGCCGAUUUUUUCAGAGAAUAAACAAAUUAAAGUAACCCAAGUUUAAAUAAUAAAAAGGGACAAAGCAAAAAUAUUUAUUACGAUCAAUCUAAAAAAAAUGUCAUGUCAUUCCAGUCAAUGCGAUUUUUUAUGAGAUAUACUUGUGUAUUUGUGUGUGUUAAUAAGUGAAAAAUAUGACAUUUGUAAUGUAAAAUAAUAGAGUGACAUUUGUAUGUUUGGUAAUCGUUUGAGAUGGUAGCUCGAAUAGAUGGUCCAAAUCAGUAGGAUAGUAAGUCCUUCAUUAGAACCUCCUCCUCCACAAAUGGACCCUUCCACGGUGUGGGCAACCGAGAAAUAAUAACUGCCCGCAUACCUCUAAUAGCACUCAAGAUCACUGUAUUCAUAAUCAAUCGCCCCUCUUCUUUCCUAUUGAGGACAGUAGGAUUUAGUAAUAUAUAGAAAGUUUCAUCUAUUCGCAUUUCUUUGUAGUUGGAAAAUUCUUUUUGUAUUAUUUUGUUAUAUUAUCCAAGAAUACUUUUACUAACACAUUUCAUUCAUUUCUUCUGAACUUAUUAUCUCCUUAGACUACUUAUAUACAUAUUUAAAAUAUAAAUUCUUGCUUUUAUUUUAAUCAUUAAAAUAGGCUAAUAGAUUACGUCAACAUUUCACUCAUCAAUUUUCGUGUAGUUUAAAGAAACCUAUACCUAAUUUAUAUUCAAGAUAUCUAUAUCAGUACAAAUUAAAAAAACAAAAUAAACUAUUAACCGCUGCAGCUAUUGAUGCAUGUAAUUUAAAACCUGGUGAUGAUGUAUUAGAAAUUGGAUUUGGACAAGGUUAUGGUAUUAAAUUAGCUGCUGAAUGCGUUGCUCCUGUUACAAUUAACCAUUGGAAAUCUUCACGAAUUAAAUUUAUACUAGAAAAUGCUUUUUCAACAUCAACUAUUAAAUCCAAUACAUUUAAAAAUGAUGGUCAUGUUUAUGGUGUUGAAAUUUCUGAAUAUAUGCUACAAAAAGCAAAAAGGAAACUAUGGCCUCUUACUAAAACUGAUUGCAUUGACUUACAAUUAAGAAGUGUAGAUCAUCUGCAUUAUCCACCUUCCUCAAUCAAUGCUUGUUUUCAUGUGAAUUGUUUUUACUUCUGGCCUUCGUUAACGUGUUGCUUACAAAAAAUUUGGAGAGUUCUACGUCCUAAUGGACGUCUUGUAACUACUUUUCAAAUAAAUCAGUUAAUUGAUUUACAUCAACGUGGAUGGUUUCAGUAUGGUAAUCCUGAUCCCUUACUUUAUGUGAUGGCAUUAGAAACAUGUGGAUUUAAUGAAAUUGAAUGGUUAAAACAACAAGCAAAUUUCAAUUUAAAUGAAACAUAUGAUUGUAUUAUCGCUCACAAACCACCCAUUCCAUUAUUAAGUGCUUCAAUCUCUUAGUAUGUAUAUUUCCUCACACUUUUCAUGUUACUUUCUUUUCAUAUCAUAAUUUAUACAUUAUGUAUAUACAUAUAUAGGCUUAAGUUUUUUCCUUUUUGAUAAUAAGGACUGGAUUUCAUAAUUCUUCACUAGUGCAUGUAUCACUCUGAACAGAUCGCUUCAGUAUUGCCAUUUAGUUCCAAGUUUUUCUAUAGUUAAAUAGCGGCUAGGAGUGAAAUCCAAAAGGUUUAUUUCGUUUUCUUUGGGAAUCAUAGGUGUUAGUUAUGUCCAUAACUAAGCAAUUAAAUCGUUGUUUAAGCGACCACCACAUCGAUCUGGUCUGAUGUGUCUGUAAACUGCCCUGUUUCAUGUGACCUACCAAUUGAAAGACAUUAUUAUCCUAUUAUAUUAAUGUGACUCAAUUUUACUCAUUUCGAUAAGACACGUAAUACUGGUUGGUAUGUUUGUGCGUUUCACUUAAUAACUGUAAUUUCCUUAAUUAUUGUACUAAUCUAAUUGUUUUUACGUUCAGAAACAGACAAAAUUUAAAGCCAAGUUGUCCUUGUUCUGACUAUAGCUUUCACAUAGACUCUGUGCUCGCCAGUAUCGCGUUUACGGUCCUAGUAGUAUAUCUGUAGGACAAAUUAAAUCCUACAAUAAGUUGGAUAUAUCUCCUUACCGAUGUCGAUGCCAACAAUGCGACUCGAAUGCAUUAUGUUUUUUUCUUCAAAAGUUAAUGUGUUAGAUAUUAAGCUACCGAAUCCUAAUAGCCACUGGCUUGCAUAACGUGUAUGAAUGUUUUUUGUAAGGGUUUACAUUUUCUCAAUGUUAAAAACUGGUUUCUCGUGUCAAUAUGGACGAACAUCAAUACUGAGUUGUAGAAGAAUCCAGCCGAAGAGUCCUAUUUAGAAAUAAACGCAUCUCCUAGAUCCCACUACUAGUCACAAUCCAAUUUUAUUAUACUUUCUUAUUUAAUUCUUGAACUUACUUUGACCUCACAUUUGAUAAGUGAUUUGCAUAGACAUGGGUUCAAAUCCUACAUGGGACAUUAGUUUUUUCAAAAUCCUAAAUAUGGCUUUGUAACAAAAUGCCAACUAGUACGUCACUUAUUUCUAAAAUCUUCGCCUAACCACCGCCUUCCAUUUUGUAGUUUACUCAGGACUCGAUCAAUCAUUGAUCAUUAGUGAAUUAGAAUACAUGAUUCCCAGCAUAGUUUUGAAAUUUACGGUUUUUAUUCCAUUUAUCUAAUGUCUAUAUUUACAAUCAUUUUGGAUAGUGAGUUUUUGUUUUUCAUUCAUUGAUAAAAUGAC